AUUUAUAAGCAAGAUUCAUGGAAGAAGAUAGACCCGCUCAAUUUGCUAGAAAUUUACCAUAUUAAGUUGGAAAUGUCCUUAAAUUCCAUUACUAAUUCCCAACAUCUUUAGUUAUUGCUGACGAUGGUUAAAAGUAUUACAACUAAAUUAUUCAACAGGAUAUUAUAUGAGAAUAAUCACAAACUGGUUUAUGUAGAUUCUGACUCAAGUAGAACUGUUAGAAAUUUUACCUUGUUUACGAAAUUUAUUGGUCUUCUUGAUUUGAAUAGAGCUAAGUAUUUUAUUUAAAAAAUUUUAGUGAUAAAGCAUUAGUUGGUUCAGCAGAUAAUCAAGCAAAGAUAAUAAACCUCGAGACUGGAGAAUGCAUGCAUGAGUUAAAUGGCCAUUCACAUUUUGUAUAUAUUGGAGGAUUUAAUCCAUAAUCUACAAUAGCCGCGACAGGAUGUUAGAAUAUGAAGAUCAAGAUUUGGGAUGUUGUAUCAGGAGAAUUAAACGUCACCUUUGAAGAGCAUCAACAAACACCAACAAGUUUUUGCUUUAAUGCAGAAGGAGACAAAAUCUUAUCAUCGAGUUAUGAAAAUGAUGCACUUGUAUACUUCAUUUAUUAAUUAAAAAGAUUUGGGAUCCAAAAGAUGGCCAAGUAAUUUGCAAAUUAAUCAAACACACCAAAGGAAUAGAGGUAUGCAAAUUUGCCUAGUCUGGAUACUUAUGUGCAACAGGGGCGCAUGACAAGUUUAAUAAUAUCUUAGUAUUUUUAGUACUGCAUAUGUUUGGGAUAUAAGGAAUCCAGAAAAUCCUCUUUUUAGACUGUUAGGGCAUUAAAAUUAUGUAAAAGAUUUAGCCUUUAAUUAAUAAGGUAUUGAUUUUAUAUUCUAUCUUCUAGGUACAUAAAUUGUCACAGGCUCCAACGAUAAUACAGGUAGAAUCUACAAUUUGACUGAUGGCAGUUUUGUUCAAGAGUUAGAUAACUUUCCAGGUUAGGUUUAUGCAGUUAGCUUUAAUGAAACUGGUGAUAGGAUUAUUGCAGCUAGUAAUCAGAAGACUGUUCAGAUAUUGUAAUAUUUGUUUGUUUCUAUUGAAUAGCGACAAUUAGGGUGUUUGCUUAUAGUAGAUAAGAGGAGAAGGAAACUUUUAUAUCAAUAGAACUGGAAAUACAUUUGUGACUUUCCCUAAGUCCAUUGAAUCACAGGCCAAGGUCUGGAGAGAUGCAAGAGCUAGGAAGAAUUGAUAUCGAU